AUGGUGAACUCAAGAAUUACUAGUGAUAAUUCCAUUAGAAUUCUACAACUAACUGCAGAAGAGGUUUGUAGUUAUCUACGUAACUUAAACGCUCACAAAGAAACCGGACUUGAUGGCUUAAGUUACAAGAUUUUGAAGAUGUCAACCUAUUUAAUAGCUCCAUCUCUGACUAAGAAUUUCAAUAAAGGUUUAUCAUCCGGAAUGUUUCCGACAAAAUGGAAAACAUCAAAAAUUAUCCCAAUCUACAAAUCUGGUGCCAAAUGUGAUGUCAACAACUACAGGCCCAUAGUUAUACUCUGCGCUGUCAGUAAAGUUCUCGAGCGUCAUGUUCACAAUCAUCUUUACCAGUUUCUCGUGAGUUAUAACUUAUUACAUCAUGCCAAAUCUGGUUUUCGAAGAUAUCACUCGUGUGAAACAGCGCUAUGCAAACUUGUGGAUAUGUGGACAUCCAACAUGGAGAGCGGCCUCAUAAAUGGGGCAGUAUUUAUUAAUCUACGCAAAGCUUUCGACAUGGUAGAUACAUAUUCGUUAUUACGAAAACUUGCAGUUUACAGAUGCGAUGAUUUGACAUUAACCUGGUUUAAGUCAUACCUGCAAGAAAGAGACCAAUGUGUGCACUUUAAAGGAACUUUCCCGUCUAAGAAAUCUUCUCUGUAUGGUGUCCCCCAAGGAAGUAUUCUAAAACCUUUAUUGUUUAUAAUGUUUAUCAACGAUCUUCCACUAUAUGUCAAUUCCAACACAGACAUGUAUGCUGAUGAUUCGACAAUUCAUACAAGUGCUAGAACAGUUGGGGAACUCAAUAAUAAGUUAACUGAGGAUAUGACAAACGUUCAAGCUUGGUGUACUAACAACAAUAUGGUAAUAAAUGAUGGUAAAACGAAGGCAAUGAUAAUAACAACAUCUCAGCGCGCAGCCACAUUAAAUUCAAAUCUACGAGUAUAA